AUGUCUAGCAUGCUUCGUAAGAAGGAAGUUUAUACGAUUGUAACGCCCAUACCGGGUUUUAUCCCGCGCCAGCUCGCCAUCGACAUCCUGCACAGCCAUUCCGAGGUCAUCACCCUGAACCCUCUUGUUCUCGACCACAAGCCCAUCAAGGCGCCCCAGAAGGCAGCAUCGGACGAGUACUACAGCACCUGGUAUGAGAUCAACCAGAGAAUCCAGUAUGUGCCGGGCCUCGGGAGGAUGGGCUCCGGCAAAAUCUCAUUCAACGGCUGCUUCCACGACAUGCCAUGGGGCCUGCAGACUCACAUCUACGCACCCAUGAACGUCGACCUGAGGAACAAGUAUCGGAUCGCCGGUAACCAGCCAGGCGUUGAGCCUCCUGAGCAGCCUGAGAUCGGUUUGGCCGCCCUGGGCGCCCCUAGCGACGGGCUCUACCUUCGCGACGACGUCGAGAUCAAGUGCAAUGUUGCUGUCAUGUCAUUUGUCAAGACCCAGAUGAAGGCAGCCUCCAAGGAAAUGGUAUCGCGGAUCAUCAAGAAGGCCGAACUUCUCGACGCCGGGGUCCUGCACGCCAUGAUCGAGGACGGCAAGCUGAAGACCAUCAACCCCAAUGACCGAACUACCACGAUACCGGAUGCCCAGUUGUCUCCCAGGCCCUCUCCCACUUCCUUGUACCACCAGCCUGGCUCCAUGUCACCGCCACCGAUGCCCUAUCAGAUUCCCCGACCAUCAUCUUAUCAGCAUCACAACAAGCCUGGUACUCCUGUGCAGAAUCCACACUGGUCUGCCCCGUAUGGGGGGCACCAACCACCACACCUCCAUCCCGCGCAAGCGGAACUGCCAGGCCAGCAGCAUGUUGGCGGGUUCGCACAACAGACCCACCCCGCUACCCACAACAACUUUGCAGUUGAGAUGCCUGGCGACUUCUCGUAUCCCCAGACGUCACCACGGCUGCAGCCGCCCCAGCCCUCGCCGACUUACAACUCAGACAAUGGCUCGACUCACUCUUCGCGCAUGUCGCCUCAGCCCGCCAACGACUGGCGAUGGUCCCAGAGUCAGGCUGCCUCCCAGGGCAACGCCUCCCGGCCCACGUCCGUGUCGUCCGACGUGUCCGGCGGGUUCCAGUCGCCGGGGCUAGACCACCAGGGCUUCGCCUCUGAGCUGUCGACGCACAACGAGACGCCCGAGGAGCACAACGCCAACCCGGACGCGCUAAAGAGGCUCGAUGCCAAGGUGCCGCCGGCUCAGAAGACUUACGCCUCUUAUAACCCGGCGGACUAUGCCAAGGGCCGUGGUAAUUAUCCCGGCCAGGCGAGGUCGCAGAGCUAUGGGUAUAGCCAUUGA